UCCGCCUCCUCCUCCACGGCUAUUUUGGCGACAUCUGAUUGGUCGGAAAUGGCAUCAUCACCUGCGUUUCCACUGGGUGGAACCAUUCUUGGCGCCAGCUUACUCAGCCGGAAUUUUUUUUUUUUUUUCUCUUAAUCCUCAGCUUUGUUCCCAUCUGCUUCUGUUCAACAACCUCGAUCCCUCCAUGUCCUCAUUCUAGAUAUAAUUUUGUCUUUGUCCCGUUGAUAUACAUCGCCUUAGCGCUGUCAAUUGCCAAUUUGUUUCGCAGGAUCGACCAAUAACUUGACACGAUGGUCUCCGCAAACAUUAGGACUAAUAACAAGGGCCCUAACAAAACCCCUCAAUACCAGAGAGUCGCUUCGCAACCUGAGAACCCCUUUUCCGCCCUCAUCACCGACCAAUCGAUCGCUGUAAUCCCUUCUUUCACCCUUGAAUCCGGAGUCACCCUACACAAUGUUCCAGUCGCAUAUACAACAAGAGGGACCCUAUCACCCUCGGGAGACAAUGCGUUGGUCGUAUGUCAUGCCCUGAGCGGCAGUGCAGACGUCAGUGACUGGUGGGGCCCAUUGCUCGGUGGCCCUGGCCAGGCUUUUGAUAUAACCAGAUUUUUUGUGGUUUGCCUGAACAGCUUAGGCAGCCCAUACGGCAGCGCGAGUGCUGUUACAUAUAAAAAUGGGGACAGGAACAAAGGCAUAUACGGCCCUGAAUUCCCGUUGACAACGAUCAGAGAUGACGUGAAAAUCCACAGACUUGUCUUGGAUGAUCUAGGAGUUGGGCAAAUCGCAGCAGUGGUAGGAGGCUCUAUGGGUGGGAUGCUUGUUCUGGAAUAUGCAUAUUUUGGCAAGGACUACGUACGGAGUAUCGUGCCAAUCGCCACUUCAAGUCGCCACUCAGCAUGGGGUAUCAGCUGGGGCGAGGCGCAACGCCAAAGUAUAUACAGCGACCCGAAAUAUGAGGACGGCUAUUACUCCUUCGAAGACCCCCCUGCAAGCGGUCUGGGCGCGGCUCGCAUGUCCGCUCUGCUCACCUAUCGAAGCCGAGAUUCAUUUGAAUCUCGUUUCGGCAGAAAUGUCCCUGACCCCUCGAGAAGACAAAAUAUCAACGGCAUGGCACGCCUCCCCACACCCCCCAAUGAGCAUCUGGCCGUUCAUAACGAUGGCCACAAGAGUACCCGACCCCUGCCACCAACGCUCCCAUCGACGGACGAUACAGACCUAGAAUCCCACGCGAUGUUCACCGACCCCCAGUUCAAUGGCACCACGCUUUUCUCCGCACCGGACUCUCCUUCCUCCACAACAUCUCUCAAAACUGGCAAUCGCCCAACAACUUACUUCUCCGCCCAGUCAUAUCUGCGAUACCAAGGGCAGAAAUUCGUGAAACGAUUCGACAGCAAUUGCUACAUUGCAAUCACACGGAAGCUUGAUACCCACGACGUCUCCAGACACCGAGUCGACCCUAACUCCAAAACCCCAGUAAAAGAUGCCCUCUCGCAAAUCCAGCAACCGGCACUGGUCAUUGGCAUUGAAAGCGAUGGCCUAUUCACAUUUGCUGAGCAGCAGGAGAUAGCAGAUGGCAUUCCAGAUUCGCGCUUAAAAAACAUUAAUAGCCCCGAAGGACAUGAUGCCUUCCUUCUCCAGUUCGAGCAGGUUAACCGCCAUAUUCUUGAGUUUUUCAGGGAAGUCCUGCCCGACAUCAUGAGUGCGCCUGGUGAAGAUGCCAAUGGUGUUGUAGCCCAAGUGGGCAAGCUGACGAAGAGUAGCACCUUUGGUGAAGCUGAGGUGGAAGAUAUAACCGCUUGGUGAUUUAACAUAUUGCCUUUCAUUUUUCAUUUUUUCUUUUAUCUGUAAAUCUAUUUUCUAGAUUACAUACAUUUCUCGAUGACGUUCUACGAUGUAUCAUUUUAUUUAUGCUUGGGCGUUCAUUUUUGGGCGGUUGUUUUUUAGACGGCAUCCAACUGCUGUGCGUUUAUGGCGUAUUUCCCUGCUUUCGUCUUCUUUUAUUUGUCGUGUUCUCAUGCACAUACCCCCCCUGCAUACAUCACCGGCCUUCACAUGCUCAGCUGUAAUUAAUAUAUUCCCAGGCGAUUCAACAGCCUUCUCUCAUUCUAACUAAUCCCUAACAAUACACUUCCUCGUAUUUUCACCUGACUAUCCCGGAAUGACCUUAUAUUAAAUAUCGGACCUUCUAUGCAGCAAAAUACAGGUGUAGCAGCAGCCCUCAAUCAUGCUACAUAACUAUUACAAGACUCCUCAACAAGUAUGUCUAUAUAGCUCCUUUCUUUUUUUUUUUUUUUUCUCCACACUCACCUUGGGGUGUAUCUAAGCAACAGCACUGACUUCGAUAGUAAUAUUAUUACAGGAAAUAAACUAGCUGUUAAAAAUCCGAGUUAUUAAAGGCCAAAGAAUGAAGACCUCAUACCACUUGUGCCAAGAAGC